CCAUAAAAUUUGAAACUUCAAAUCAGUCCGGGCGAACAACAAACACAGAGCUGGAAACGAUGGGGGAAGUAGAAGGGCCGAUGCUGAAGCUAACUAUGGAGAAGGGGCCGCUAGCCGGCCAAGCCGUGGAAUUCAAACCCGGAAUUGCCGUUCGGGUCGGCCGGGUUGUACGGGGAAACAAUCUCACCAUCACAGAUUCCGGCAUCUCCUCCAAACACCUCACCAUCGAAUUCAACUCCUCAGAUGGAAAAUGGUUCAUCCGCGACCUCGGAUCCUCAAACGGCACCUUUCUCAACGACGGCAAGCUCGAUCCAUCCUGCGCCGCUUGCCUCUCCGACUGCGACGUCGUCAAAAUCGGCGAGCUAACUUCUAUCAAGGUUCAGAUCGGAGAUACCGCCCGUGUUCCUACUAGGUCGAGGCGAAACGCCGGUAGGAAAGCGGCAAUUGACACCGCAACAAGCGAUGCGGCGGCGGAGAAUUGCGAAUUAGGGUUAGUGAGUGAAGAUGCCAAUCCCGCAUCUACUAGGCCAAGGCGAAACCCUAGGAGGAAAGCGGCCAUAGAUACAGCAAGCGACGACGGAAAUGCGGCAGUGAAAUGUGAAUUAGGGUUAGUGGGUGAAGAUGCCAAGCCAAGGCGAAACCCUAGGAGGAAAGCAGCCACAGACACGGCAACAGCGGACGACGGAGAUGCGGCAGAGAAAUGUGAAUUAGGGCUAGUGGAUGAAGAAUUGGGGAAUAAUAACAAGGGGAAGACAGGGAGGCCUCCUCGUCCUCGUACUCGGGCUAAGACUCAGGCUCAGAGGGACAGUGAAAGCGUCAAGGUCGAACUUCAACCUGAGGGUAUUGGAUUGGAAAAUGCAGACAUUAGUAUGACAAGGAGCUCGAGCAAGGCAGAGAAUUUCGAUGGUGGGGCUUCUCAGGUUGAAACUGGUGACAAUGAGAUAGUAGAGAAUUUGAGUGCGAUUGAAACAGCAGCACAAUAUGCAGAUGAAAAUGGUGAUCAAAGAAGGACUAGGAAUGCCCGGGGGAGAGGAAGAGGAAGAGGAAGAGGAAACAGGGAGCUAAGAAACCUUGUUCCAAUUGAGCAGCCUCUGGCAAAGCCAAAAAGGGUCACCAGAAGCAAAAAACAGAUCAAUUUACAGGCAGAGAGUGUUACCACGGAAGAAGAGGAGGGAGCAGCAAAAAUGUCAAUAUCUAAGGAGCACGCACAAUGUAAAGUUGAGGCAAUUCGAAGCAUGGAGGAGGAAAGGCAAGUGGAAGGGUAUAAUGCAGUGGAGGAGCUGGCGAAUCUAAGAGAAGAAGGUCACAACGGUGUAUUAAAUACCUCUGGUGCAAACAAAGAUGAAAAUGGUGUUUUGGAGCGAACUAAAUGUCAAGAUGAAUCAAUUCAACAUAUGGAGGAGGAUGGACAAGUAGAAGGGAAUCAUACAGUUGAGGAAGAAGAAGCCUGCCAUGGUUCACCCAAUGUAUCCGGUGGAAACAUGGGCAAACAUGAUGUUGAAGAAGUGAACUUGGAAAUUUUGACUCUAGGAGAGUGGCUCGAUUAUUUGGAGAUUUAUGUCCCAAAACAAAUAAUUGAUGUCACAGAGGAGAUGAUAUUGGAAAUGAGAAAAAAGGCCGAGAAAUUGCAAGAAUUUAUGCUGCAUCAGAAGAACGCCAAGGAGAACACGUAGCAGUUAUGGAGUAGACUGCAUAUCACGGUGGUUGGUAAAUGCCUUUUAAAUUUAUCAUGGACAUAUUAGAUCUUAAUUCAAAUGUGUCAUGCUCAUAGGAUUAUCUUCUUAUAAUCCUUUGAUUCACUUUAUGCCCCAGUGUUUGUUCUCCUAUUUGUACUUGGUAACAAAAACUUUUGUAUUUUAACCAUUGUCCUAUAUACAUUGUCUUUCUCUCAAAAUGCUCUAAGCUUAAAUUGUUACCA